CUUUAUAAGACAGGGAUCAGACAGCCAGCCUCUGAACCAGCUGCUAUACAGCUUAGGGCCAAAAAGUGCUGCAUGUGCUGCCACAACUCAAGUAUUUGGAGAAUCUUGCACAUCGUUUUGAAUCGAUAAAUACCUUCAUACCUCAGACAACGCCCAUCAUUUUUUCUUGAAUAUACAUCAUCAUGUAUUUCAAAGGACUGAUCAUUACCAUGUCACUCCUAACAACUUCAGCAUUCCCGCUUUAUCCCAACGCCAAUCAAAGAGAGAUCGCCUUGGCCGAUCCCAAGGAAAACGAGGCCCAGGAUAAGACGGAACACACUAGGGAUGUGGACGGGGCCUACAAGAGCUACAUGGACAGCAGCGACCUCUACACCACGGAAGAGGGAGAGGGCCGCAGCAAACGCCCCAUGGAAGACGGGAUGCGACACAAGCUCAACACGGAGUCCGAGCGGCUGCGCGUCCGCAUGCGCCAGGAGCUGGCCGAGCUGACGGAGAGGCUGUCCCCGCAGCCGGUUCGUGCCGCCGCUGCCGCCGCCGCCGGGGCCCUGGGGGACAUGAGGCAGCGCCUGGCCCCGCUCACCCAGCAGCUCCAGAGCUCCCUGAGCACCAACGCCCGGGAGAUGUGCGGCCAGCUCGGCCUCUUCCUCCGAGGGCUGGAGCAGGCGGAGGCCCGGGCAGAGGCCGGCCCCUCGACGUACAGGGAGGCCUUCCACGGGAUGAGCCGGACCCUGGAGCGCGGCGGGGCCACGCUCACCGACGUCACCGGCGACUUCCAGAGCAAGGCGUCGGAGGCGAUGGAUCAGCAGAGGGAACGAGAGGGAGGAGACGGGGCGGUGGAGGAGGAGGAGGAGGAGCGAUCGGGCCAGAUGUGGCGCGAGAUGAGGAGCCGGCUGGCCCAGGAGAUGAGCUCCACCCGGCUGGAGGCGCAGAGCAGGCUGGGGGCGCUGAAGGCUGAGCUCACCGCUCUGCUGGUGACCUCGCAGCCUCUGAAGACCGAGGUCACGGCGAGUGUGAGCGAGUUCUGCCAAAGGGCAGCACUUCAGACCCAAGGGUUUCAGGCCCGGAUUGAGAGGUUGUUCCUGGGGAUGGAGGAAGAGCAGGAGGCCCCUGGAGCCCCGUCCUCGCCUGCUGACUCCUCGCAGCCCGGCAGUCUCUUGCAGGACGACUUCUCGGCCAAAUUCUCUGCUCUGAUCCAGGACAUUCUGCAUUUGGUGCAGUGAGUUUUGUGCAUUAGUGUAUAUAGAUGAAAUAUUGUGUGUAUAUAUGUAAAUUAGUAUUGUGGUGAUUAUCAGAAACAAUUGACUGUGUUUCGUGAACUGUACAGCGCUUGUAAGGAAGUAACAUUUUAUUUUAAACAUUAUGUGCAAAUUUUGUUUGUAUCUUUUUUACAAAUCCCGUUUAUGACAUUAAAGA